CGUCAGGGAAGCGGAAGAGCUGGCCUGGUGGCCGACUUCCUGUUGUUAGAGGCGGGGGGGUGGGGGGCUGGCUACUAGGUGUGUGAUUGUGUGGGGCGGCCUGGGGCGGCCCCGGAGCGGCUGACCCUCUGCCUUCGGGGACGGGAGUCGCCAGGCGGCCGCCAUGGCGGUGUCAGAGAGCCAGCUCAAAAAAAUGGUGUCCAAGUACAAAUACAGAGACCUAACUGUACGCGAAACUGUCAAUGUUAUUACUUUAUACAAAGAUCUCAAACCUGUGUUGGAUUCAUAUGUUUUUAAUGAUGGCAGUUCCAGGGAACUAAUGAACCUCACUGGAACAAUUCCUGUGCCUUAUAAAGGUAAUAUAUAUAAUAUUCCAAUAUGCCUGUGGCUGCUGGACACAUACCCAUAUAAUCCCCCUAUCUGUUUUGUUAAACCUACUAGUUCAAUGACUAUUAAAACAGGAAAGCAUGUUGAUGCAAACGGGAAGAUAUAUCUUCCUUAUCUACAUGAAUGGAAACAUCCACAGUCAGACUUGUUGGGGCUUAUUCAGGUCAUGAUUGUGGUGUUUGGAGAUGAACCUCCAGUCUUCUCUCGUCCUACUAUUUCGGCAUCUUAUCCAUCAUACCAGGCAACAGGGCCACCAAAUACUUCCUAUAUACCAGGCAUGCCAAGUGGAAUCUCUGCAUAUCCAUCUGGAUAUCCUCCCAACCCCAGUGGCUACCCAGGCUGUCCUUACCCACCUGGUGGUCAGUAUCCUGCCACAGCGAGUUCUCAGUAUCCUUCCCAGCCUCCAGUGGCCACUGUUGGUCCCAGUAGGGAUGGCACCAUCAGUGAGGACACCAUCCGAGCCUCUCUCAUCUCAGCAGUCAGUGACAAGCUGAGAUGGCGAAUGAAGGAGGAAAUGGAUCGCGCCCAGGCCGAGCUCAAUGCCUUGAAACGAACAGAGGAAGACCUGAAAAAAGGUCACCAGAAACUGGAAGAGAUGGUCACCCGUUUAGAUCAAGAAGUAGCUGAGGUUGAUAAAAACAUAGAACUUUUGAGAAAGAAGGAUGAAGAACUCAGUUCUGCUCUGGAGAAAAUGGAAAAUCAGUCUGAAAACAAUGAUAUUGAUGAAGUUAUCAUUCCCACAGCCCCACUAUACAAACAAAUCCUAAAUCUGUAUGCAGAAGAAAAUGCUAUUGAAGACACUAUCUUUUACCUGGGAGAAGCCUUGAGACGGGGAGUAAUAGAUCUGGAUGUCUUCCUGAAGCAUGUACGUCUUCUGUCCCGUAAACAGUUCCAGCUGAGGGCACUAAUGCAAAAAGCAAGAAAGACUGCCGGUCUCAGUGACCUCUACUGACUUCUCUGAUAUCAGCUGGAGAUUGAGCUCUUCUUAAAGCAUUCUUUUCUUCUCUUUCUUUCUCUUAUCAGUAGGUGCCCAGAAUAAGUUAUUGCAGUUUAUCAUUCAAGUGUAAAAUAUUUUGAAUCAAUAAUAUAUUUUCUGUUUUCUUUUGGUAAAGACUGGCUUUUAUUAAUGCACUUUCUAUCCUCUGUAAACUUUUUGUGCUGAAUGUUGGGACUGACUAUGCUAAAUAAAAUUUGUUGCAUAA